UUUGAGUCCUAAUGACAUAAUAUGUCACAUGACACUCCCGGAUGUAACAUAUUUUGGAGGGAAAACUUUCAAGAAGAAGACGAGCGGCAUGAUCCCCCUGCGAUAUGGGCCCAUCUUGACCCUGUGUUAGACAUGAUCAGAGAAAGAUACCCUCUUAUCAAACACCUCCAUGUCUUCAGCGAUGGUCCAGCUACACAAUACAAACAAAAGGGCAACUUUUACCUGCUCUCAAAAGAGCCAUUCAAAAAAGGGUUCAAAAACAUCAGCUGGAACUUUUUUGAGGCCAGCCAUGGAAAGGGGGCUCCAGAUGGUAUUGGAGCCACCCUUAAAAGGUCAGCUGACACAAUUGUCCGCCAUGGAGGAGAUAUCCCCAACGCAGAAGCUAUGUUUCACAAGCUGAGAGACAUGGGCACUUCAGUGGAACUUUUUUUUGUGGGAGAAGAUGAUGUUGAGAGGAAAGUAAAAGAAAUUAUUGAUGGACCGACACUUGUGCCUGUCAAAGGAACCAUGAAAAUCCACCAAGUACUCAGUUUCUCUCCAGGAACAAUAAAAUACAGGGACAUAACCUGCCUUUGCCAGGCAGACAAAGGUGUACUGGACCGUGAAUGCUAUGGCCUGAAGGAGAUAAGCCUUAGUCAAGAGGCAAGUCCACAUUGCACUGAGGGACCAACCCGGCCUGAGAACAUCACAAAAGAUCAUAUUGGUCAGUGGUGCAUUAUCAACUACGAUGGUGAACCCUACCCAGGAAUCAUUCUGGAGGUUGAAGAGGAUGUUAAAGUGAAAUGCAUGCAGAAGAACGGGACCAACAAGUUCCACUGGCCAAGUCCACGUGAGGACAUAAUCUGGUAUAGGGAUGACCAGGUUGUGUGUCUGAUGAAAGAACCAACACCUUUGAAUAAGAGGUCAGUUCAGCUGGAGAGGAAAGUGUGGGAUUUCCUUGAAAAAAACUGGAGUUGCUGGUCUGUUGCAUAGGUAAAAGGUGUGAGAAAAAUGUUCAUUAUGUUGGGUGUACAGUGAAAAUUUGCUUGUUUAAUGUGGACAUGUAUCUACCUGUGUUGGUUGGACGGGCAUGGUGAAGGUGUUCAAAGUUUCUUUAAGGUGGUAUUUUUUGUCACUGAUGUUAUGUCCACCCUGUUACCUGUGUGUUUCUUU